AUUGAAAAAUAUUAAUUUAAUUAUAAAAAAUUAAAUAGUGAACAAUUAGUGCACAGCUCUAACAAUAUGUUGAAAUGGUGAUUUAUUGAUUUUUAUUUAUGGCCGUUUUUUUUUAAACUGAAUAAAUCCAUCUGAGGGGGAGAGACGCGCGCCAUGCGUUCCAACCAGGUGUGUUCCUGGGCGGGAGUCGCGUGGCUGUUUUCCCGCCCCUUACUGUCCGGGCUGAAAUGCCAACGGUUAAGACCGCUCCGUAUCCAUUAGUAACCAGUAUCCAUUAGUAACCAGGGAAGCGUUAGGCACACAGUUGGCGGACAUUUUUAAUUUAGCAGCCGCUUUAGAGGUGUUUGUUUACCUUUCGCAGCUGAGUGCGUAAUGCGAGUCAUAGGCCAUCUCUAUAGGUCUACUUUAUUGAAGUGUCGAUACUCUGUAAAACUUCAAAGUGUGUCACGUUUUAAAGGGCGUAACUUUGGAAAAGAGCCUUUACAUUUUGGUUGAGGACAUGAUUUCACUCUUCAGUGGGUCAUUAUCUCCCUCUCUCUCUCUCGCCAUCAUCAAACUGACCCGUGUCAAGACACACCGCAACAAACCACGAUGCUGAUUUUACUCCAGUUGAUAAAUGUAUUGUUGUUGACCAACAUUGGCUCCACUGAUGCAGAGAAACUCUUCCACAGUCGGGAUCAUUCCGACCUAGAGAUCCCCUCCUCUCACCAGGCUGAGCUCAUAACAGACCAGGAUACUGCAGAGCUAUUUCUCUCAAGGUACGGCUUCAUAAGACCGGUGAACUGGGAGGAGCUCCAGUUUGACCAAUCAACAGGCAUUUCUAACGAUGAAGACUUUCCCGGGGAGGAAGACCUAUCUGGGAUACAGGAGGGAGACUCAUCGUUGUCACGUGCAGAGACUGAUGAUGAUGAUGAUGAUGACGAAGACUCUCCAAAUCCCACUGAAAGCCAAGCCUUCAUCUCAGCUCUCAGAGACUUCCAGAUGGUGUCCGGCCUGUCUGUCACAGGGCGGUUUGACGACGCCACCAAGGCUGCCAUGAACAAGCCAAGGUGUGGGGUCCCGGAUAAGGAGACGGAUGAUGCUACUGAUGAAGUACACGACUCCACCAGCUCAGCACUUGGUAUCAACACCGCCACCUGGCUAACUAAGAACACAGACACCUCAGAAUACUCUAACAAAACAUUCAGUGGUGUUUUAAAUGGCUCUGCUACUGAUUACCCAGUGGACAAUAACAUAUUCGCUGACCUUUCUAAUGGCACUGAUGGAAACUAUACAGAGGUUGACAAUUCAUUCAGUGACAUUUUUAAUAGCACUGUCAGUACCUACAAAGAUGAUAUAUCUGCCAGUAGCACAACAGAAUACUACGACCCAGUCGGUGAUACUCUCAAUGAUUCUGCUAUAAACAACACAGAGAAUAACAGCAAUGCACACAGUCACACAGGGAACGACCCUACCACUGCUACUGACAGACCUCAUCAGAGCCCUCCUCCUACCACUGCUACUGACAGACCUCAUCAGAGCCCUCCUCCUACCACUGCUACUGACAGACCUCAUCAGAGCCGUCCUCCUACCACUGCUACUGACAGACCUCAUCAGAGGCCUCCUCCUACCACUGCUACUGACAGACCUCAUCAGAGGCCUCCUCCUACCACUGCUACUGACAGACCUCAUCAGAGCCCUCCUCCUACCACUGCUACUGACAGACCUCAUCAGAGCCCUCCUCCUACCACUGCUACUGACAGACCUCAUCAGAGGCCUCCUCCUACCACUGCUACUGACAGACCUCAUCAGAGCCCUCCUCCUACCACUGCUACUGACAGACCUCAUCAGAGCCCUCCUCCUACCACUGCUACUGACAGACCUCAUCAGAGGCCUCCUCCUACCACUGCUACUGACAGACCUCAUCGGAGGCCUCCUCCUACCACUGCUACUGACAGACCUCAUCAGAGCCCUCCUCCUAUCACUGCUACUGACAGACCUCAUCAGAGCCCUCCUCCUACUACUGCUACUGACAGACCUCAUCAGAGCCCUCCUCCUACCACUGGUACUGACAGACCUCAUCAGAGGCCUCCUCCUACCACUGCUACUGACAGACCUCAUCAGAGAGCCCUCCUCCUACCACUGCUACUGACAGACCUCAUCAGAGCCCUCCUCCUACCACUGCUACUGACAGACCUCAUCAGAGGCCUCCUCCUACCACUGCUACUGACAGACCUCAUCGGAGCCCUCCUCCUACCACUGCUACUGACAGACCUCAUCAGAGCCCUCCUCCUACCACUGCUACUGACAGACCUCAUCAGAGGCCUCCUCCGACCACUGCUACUGACAGACCUCAUCAGAGCCGUCCUCCGACCACUGCUACUGACAGACCUCAUCAGAGCCCUCCUCCUACCACUGCUACUGACAGACCUCAUCAGAGGCCUCCUCCUACCACUGCUACUGACAGACCUCAUCGGAGGCCUCCUCCUACCACUGCUACUGACAGACCUCAUCAGAGCCCUUUUCCUACCACUGCUACUGACAGACCUCAUCAGAGCCCUCCUCCUACCACUGCUACUGACAGACCUCAUCAGAACCCCUCCUCCUACCACUGCUACUGACAGACCUCAUCAGAGCCCUCCUCCUACCACUGCUACUGACAGACCUCAUCAGAGGCCUCCUCCUACCACUGCUACUGACAGACCUCAUCAGAGCCCUCCUCCUACCACUGGUACUGACAGACCUCAUCAGAGGCCUCCUCCUACCACUGCUACUGACAGACCUCAUCAGCGUCAGAGCCCUCCUCCUAUCACUGCUACUGAUAGACCUCAUCAGAGCCCUCCUCCUACCACUGCUACUGACAGAUCUCAUAAGAGCCCUCCUCCUACCACUGCUACUGACAGACCUCAUCAGAGAGCCCUCCUCCUACCACUGCUACUGACAGACCUCAUCAGAGCCCUCCUCCUACCACUGCUACUGACAGACCUCAUCAGAGGCCUCCUCCUACCACUGCUACUGACAGACCUCAUCAGAGCCCUCCUCCUACCACUGCUACUGACAGACCUCAUCAGAGCCCUCCUCCUACCACUGCUACUGACAGACCUCAUCAGAGCCUUCCUCCUACCACUGCUACCGACAGACCUCAUCAGAGCCCUCCUCCUACCACUGCUAAUGACAGACCUCAUCAGAGCCCUCCUCCUACCACUGCUUCUGACAGACCUCAUCAGAGGCCUCCUCCUACCACUGCUACUGACAGACCUCAUCGGAGCCCUCUUACUACCACUGCUACUGACAGACCUCAUCAGAGCCCUCCUCCUACCACUGCUACCGACAGACCUCAUCAGAGCCCUCCUCCUACCACUGCUACUGACAGACCUCAUCGGAGCCCUUUUCCUACCACUGCUACCGACAGACCUCAUCGGAGCCCUCCUCCUACCACUGCUACCGACAGACCUCAUCGGAGCCCCUCUCCUACCACUGCUACUGACAGACCUCAUCAGAGGCCUCCUCCUACCACUGCUACUGACAGACCUCAUCAGAGCCCUCUUACUACCACUGCUACUGACAGACCUCAUCAGCAUCAGAACCGCGUGGCCUCACUGCUGUCCAAGCGGAGGCAGAAGAGACAUGUGGGGAGACGUGCAUGGGGAAACAUGGCAUUCUCCAAAAUGGUGCUGAAGUGGAGGCUGAUAGGAGAGGGUUACAGCAGUCAGCUGACCAUACAGGACCAGAGACACAUCAUCAGCCUGGCCUUCAGAAUGUGGAGCGAGGUGUCUCCCCUGGAGUUUAUAGAGGACACAUCCUCUCCCCUGGCGGAUGUAGACA